CAGCAGGUCACAAACGGAAACACCGUGUCAAGUCUAUACCAAACACAGCACGAAAGAUUGAGGUUUCAUCAAACUGGUCGGUAUACGUUUCCGAUACAGUGGGGGCUGGUACAACGACCCGCGAUUACUUCAGCUUUUCGCUUGUUAAAGAGCAUCGCCAGCACAAUGGAGCCCUGAGCUAGACACAACCCUUCAAACAUAUAUUUUCAAGAAAUUCCAAAUCUGCAAAAAUGCAUCCGCCCAAUAAAGAGGUUGAAGAGUUCUUAGAGUCGAUAGAGCUCUUACUCGAGGGAAGCCCCGAAGGCCAAGAUGCAGCUCUCAGAACACUACUCCACAAGCUUGAACGUUUCGUGGAUAUAGGAGACGCCGAGCCUGCCGAGGUUGCUACAAAGCUUCUUGGGACAGCUGUGGGAGGGCAGAAGGAAUGGCAGACUCCGUUUCGAGAAAGCGGCAUAUUGUCCUUCGCCCUAUCUAGGCUCUCUGUUAGCGACCAUACAGAUCCUCUGGCCAAGCAGUGCCUAAGAGUCAUCGGUAAUUCGGUUGCAGAUAACGAUUCGAAUAGAGAGCUUGCGAUUAAGGACUUGCAACACAUUAUUGCCUGCCUCACAUCGGAGGAGUUGCGUACUACUGCUUUAGCAGUGCUAUUCAAUCUAGGCAAUGACUUUGAUCCUGCCAAAGCCGCUGCAGCUGGGCUGAGACUGGAUAACACAAUAUCUUCAUAUCUUGCCCUUGACAAAAUACCCGAAGCAGCACUCGAUUACGCUAUGGAGCUACUGACCUGGACCACGGGGAGCCUCACUUCUGUUCAGCUCAAAGACGCGCUCUCGCUGGAAACAUUCACGAACCUGCUAGAAAUGGCCCUGAGAUACGAUCCAGAUCACUACGAUGAAUACGUGGCCAUACUAGUGCAUUACUUACAAGACCCAGAAUUUCAGCCAAAGGUGGCAACGCCGAAGUUGUUAGAUGACUUGGUUAGUCUGAUGUUGGACUUCGAGGCUCGCCUCACACCCACCGAAAAUGAAGCAGUUUUGGAAGGGCUGUCGAUUUCUAAGACCGAUGAAACCGCUACGUCUGAUGAAACUAGUGUGCUUCUACUAACUCAACUGAUCAGCUCGAUUUCAGCGAUUUCAGCCACUGAUACCUUCGCACAGGUUUUCACUGUCACAAGUCAGGUAGUAGAAAAGGUCAGGGCGAAACUACGUGCUCCAGCCGACUCACCAUCGACGGUAUGUGCAUGUGUCAUGCUCGGCAAUUUGGCCAUGUCGGACGAAGUCUGCAUGGAUAUGGUCAACAUCAUGGAGUUUCACAUCACUCUCAUCAGUAUUCUUGCAUCGAGCACCAAACCAGCGCUUCUAUACGCUGCAGCGGGAUUCAUGCGCCAUCUCACAUUUCCAGAGGCGAACAGAACAGUAUUGGUUAAUACCGGACUCUUGCGGACGUGCUGUCACCUUCUAAACCUCAGCGACCCAUCUGUUCGUGGCGAAGCAGCGGCCAUGCUAUGCAAGCUCGUGACGAACAAUUUCCACAAUAUCGAGAAGGUUGUUUUCGAAAAGGAUGAAGACGCCACGAUCCUUACACGCAUCGUCGAACAAGCCAUUGCUCCGUCCGCAGCAUUACCAAGUACGGCUAUGAAGAACCCCAUGAUCGAGCUUGGCCGCACCCUCGUUGCUAUGCUUCGCUAUCUCGGUCGACCCAAUGCAGAGAAGGAUGUCGAUGCAGUAAGACAGGAACUGCUCAAAGUACCAAGUGUUGCUCGUCCGGUGGCCAGGCUCCUACGUCAGCGAUUCUACGCGGACGCAAGGUCGGAAGGGCUGCUAGGCUUAGGCCUGAUGGCACAAUCACCCGAGGGCGCUGCGCAUGUCAUCGAAGAGAUCAAGGACGAUGGCGGGCUGCUCGACGCUAUCAAAGAAUUUGCAGAAGGGAAGGACGGAGGGGUUGAGCAGCAAGGCUCGGCUGCAGGCAGAGAUUAUCAAAACGCGAUCGUGCUGUUGCAAGCGCUUCAGAACAAUGCGGGCGGUGAGAUGGAUAUGACGCUAAAGAAUCAGGUUGUCGGCCUUCAAGCGGAGCUGGGGAAACUUCUGGUAUAAACACAUUAUUUUGCGUGGUAAGAUAUAAACUUGGAGGGAACAGUUCAUAAGGUCACAAAUAGAGUAAUCCAACGUCUUGUGCACCAAGAUCAUGCUGUUUUCUGACUUUGAAGGUUUAGUGG